AUGAAGAAAGCUCGGAGAUCCGUGAACACCUUGCAGAUGUUCUUUAUGGCUGUGUGUAGCAUGCUGUGCUGCAGGACCCUUUCAGCUCUCCCGGCGAUCAACACAUACUCUGCCAUCAGGUCAGGCAGUCUGAACAGUGACGGUGAUGGCACAUGGUCAAACGAGCCCUCGCAGGAUCUGGAAGUGUAUAAGCUUCUGUAUGAAAUUGCAAACACAGUGGAAAGACCACCGAGACAUGCUGAUGGACUUUUCACCAGUGGCUACAGCAAACUUCUUGGACAACUCUCAGCCAAAGAAUACCUUGAAUCCUUACUUUCCAAGCGCGUCAGUGAUGACCCGAGCGCAGAUGACCUACGCAUGAAGCGUCACUCGGAUGCCGUGUUUACAGACAACUACAGCCGAUUUCGCAAGCAGAUGGCGGCCAAGAAGUACCUGAACUCGGUUUUAACAGGAAAGAGAAGCCCAGAAGAUGCACGAACACUGUCUAACCAGUCCAAAAGCACAGACUCUUCCUUACCUCAGAGCUACGAGGAUGAGGUGGAUCAGCUCCUCCAGCAGCUCCCGCUUGUAUGA